UCAUCAAAGAGACUCAAAAAAUGUAUUCUUCAUCAACUAGGCCUACUAUAAUCUUCAUAUUGGCCUUGUUCAUCCUUUUCCCCACUGGCAUUUCUCCUAUUCCCGCCAUUAAUACUUGCAGUGAAGCCUUCUCCAGGUUGAAAAGCAAAAGAAACAUCACACAAUGCAAGAAAUUACCCACUUUAGGGGCUGAAUUUGGGUGGAAUUACUAUGACAAUGAUGAGAGAAGAAUUGACAUUUUCUUAGGCACAAAGCUACAUUCUGAAAUGGGGUGGCUCGCCUGGGGGGUGAACCCUCUUGAAGUGCCUCAAAUGGUUGGCACCAGAGCCAUCAUCGGCAUCAAGCUCCCAAAUGGUUCAUUGACCAUUGACACUUACAAUAUCACAGCUGAAUCAAAACUUGGCUGCAGGCUCCAGCCUUCAAACAUUGAAAUUGAAGUGAUUGUUAGGAACAAGAAAACUGAAUAUGUUGAUGCAAACCGUUAUUUCACAAUCUAUGCAACAUUGAUUCUGCCUAGCGUGUACAACAUUUCCAGAUUGAACCAUGUAUGGCAGGUCGGUUACCUCGCCGAGGAAAUGGAGCCGAAGAUGCAUCCCUCAUAUCUCCAGAAUGUCGACAGUACAGAGACCAUAAACUUGAAGACUUUUGAGAGUCAAAGCAUCGGAACAUAUAGGCAUCAUAUGAGAAUGGUACAUGGGAUUUUGAACAUUGUGGGGUGGGGGAUUUUCUUGCCCAUUGGUGUUAUUAUUACCAGAUAUUGUAGGGUUCAUCCAAUAAAGGCCAAGUCCUGGUAUAUACUUCAUGUCAGUUGUCAAAUUGUUGGCUACAUUCUUGGAACUGCUGGGUGGAUCAUCGGAAUUUGCCUCGGAAAAGUUUCAACACAUUACAGUUUUCAUACUCACCGGAUUCUCGCAAUGUUCAUAUUCACAUUCACAACAUUACAAAUGCUGGCGUUGCAGUAUAGGCCCAAAGGAAAAGACGAUUAUAGGAAAUACUGGAACAUGUACCAUCAUUUUCUGGGAUAUUCUUUGCUUGCUGUGAUCUCAAUCAAUAUAUUCCGUGGGAUUUCAAUUCUGAAGCCAGAGCAUCAUAUUUGGAAAUGGUCUUACAUUGGAGUUCUAGGAGUUCUUGGUUUGAUUACUUUGUUUUUUGAGAUCUUUAGUUGGAAAUGGAGAAACCGAUCUCCUCAAUGGAAAGCUGCUGGAACUAACGUUGAAGUCACUGUUGUUUAA